AUGAUGGACAGUCCUAUCCAGCCUCCUGUUAAGCCAAUCUCGCUAACUGCAGAUCCUCAAAUACAAAAAACUCGUAAAAUUCUUCUGAUUGUACUUGGCAUGCUUGUCGUUCUUUCUGCGAUUAGUACAAUUGCUGACAUUUGCAAAACUACUAUACGUGAAGAUAGUGUACGCAGGCCUCCACGUGGUGUGCCAAUUGUUGAAUCACUAGUUUUACAUCUUGUCUACAGCUUCGGAUUUUUCGUCACAUAUCGAUACCAUAAACUAAGUUUACAAGUGUUUGCUUGGCUCAACGUUGUUCUACUGUUCUAUUUUGGUAUUGGAUAUGUAGGUUUCUUAGUUGGAACGAUAAUUUUAGCUUUCUCAAACUCCGAUGAAAGAAGUAUAUAUAUAUAUGAAAAUCGUGAUAUUAACGUACCAGUAGGCAUCUGCGUUUCUAUUCUUACAAUGUCUGCUGUUCUCGUUUUUACCAUUUUGAUUGUAAUGCUGUCUUUCAAAUUGGCAAAGCUCAUCCGUAUGGAACAACCGGGGACUGUUACAUAA